UCUUACAUUGUCAUGCGAAAAUGAUUUCUCGUGGAUACGCAACGGACACUCAGUCGAAAUCCUCCGAUAUCGCCGCCACCGUACUCGCCGCCUCGUCGCCGCUGCAGAUCCUCGCUGCGUGCGACGCCAUUGAGUCGUUUCUACACAAGCAUACAGCUGAACAGACCCGAUGGUUCUUCUCCAUCACUUUCCCAACCUUAAUUUGUAAAAUUUUUGGCUUCGAUGAAUCUUCUUCUGCUUCAGCUGCUGUCAAGUCUAUGUCUCCUUCUGGAUGGAUAGAUAUCGCCGCUUUAUCCAAUGAUACUCAGCUCGCAGGUAGAAUUUUCAGCUUAUUAUCGCCCACUGGUGUGUUACUAUCUUCUAUUGUAGCUGCAGAUGGGCUGUCUCUGGUUAAAUAUGUAUUUCCUGUAGAAAGGUUACCCAAAUGGGUUCGUCCCCGCUGGCUGUAUGGGCCUCGCUCCUCUUUGGUUUUGUGUGACUUGUGCCCGUUGUUCAAAAAUAGGUUGAAGGAGGACUCAGUUAAGGGUUCUUCAUUUCAGGUUCAGUUGAAUGUGUUUGAAUAUUACAUGUUCUGGUUUGUCUAUUACCCUGUUUGUCGAGGUAACAGUGAGGGCCCUCAAACUGUAAGUGUUAGGAGAAGCAGAAGGUUUAGAUUGGAGAAUUGGACUUAUUCGAUUCCAGGUUUGUCAAGCACCAAACGCGGGAUGGAGCAGAAGAAUGAGGGCGAUUUGUAUAUGCGUCUCUUGUAUGCAUAUCUCCGUGCAUAUGUGCCUGUAGCUGAUAUGAAGGCACAUCAACCAUAUAGGAGCUCACUGCUUCACUACUCUUUUUCCUAUGGGACUCCAAUUGUUGAAAAAGCAGAGUUCUUGGUUAGCACUCUCAUACAUUUUUGGUUAGUUGAUAAUGAUUUCUCACCAUUGCCUGUGAAUUUGUGCAAAUCAUUUGGUGUGACAUUCCCUUUUCGGUCAGUAGUGGGUGAGAUUCCUCCUACUUCAGGAUUAGGUGAAGUAGUAAAUGUGUUUGUCAAAUAUCUGAAUCUAAGUUCGAUUGCAUCAAGUGAUAGAACUGACCAGGUUGACUACACUGAAAGUCCUAAGUGGAAAGUUGGGGGGACUAAUGGUUCUCAGUCAAGAAAUGCUGUUCCCGUCGUGGAUUCUGGUAAUUCUUGGAACUCGUGGAUUCAGAGGCCAUUGUACUGAUUUAUAUUGAGGACAUUCCUGUAUUGUCCAAUGGAAAGUUCUAUUAAGAAUGCAUCUCAGGUGUUCACCUUGUGGGUUAGUUACCUGGAGCCCUGGUCUAUUUCUAUGGAAGAAUUUGCAGAACUUAAUGCGGAUAUGGGGAAGUCUAAUAGAGGUACAUUAAAGGAGGUUACCCCGUCAAUGCCACAUGGUUAUACCUCUUCUUGGCAAGUUUUUGUAUUAGCUAAUUACUUAUAUUACAGCUCUUUGGUCAUGCAUUUUAUUGGUUUUGCCCACAAGUUCCUUCACACAGAUCCAAAAGUGAUAGUCAAGAUGGUUUCAAAGGUGAUAACAAUAUUAACCUCAUCUGCAGAACUGAUGGACCUCAUAAAAAAUGUGGAUAUUGUAUUCCAUUCGAAACCAGCUGGAUCAUCUAAAUCAAUGCUUAAUGCUUUGCAUAAAUAUGUUCAUGCUAUUUGUGAGCAAUAACAGGUACUCUAAUAGCUCGUCUUACCAGUGCUUCCUUAAUUCAUUGUUAGCCGUUAGCACACUUCAUUUUGAUCUUUCCUCUUAGUGAUUAAAUGAAAUGUACUCUCAUUUUACCGUUAGAAAUAUCUUGUCAGCAAGCAUCAAAAGUAAGUGAAGAAAUGCUGACCUCUGUAAUAGUAAUAGUGGUUACAGUAUGAUACAUGUAGAUGAUGUGUAGUUCCCUUAAAGUAAUGAAUGAAAAUAGAAAAAAGAUAUGAAUAACUUUAUAUUAUUUUAUCUUAUGUGCCCAAUCUUCACUUGCACAUUUCAACCAACAUCUCUGAGCCAUUUGGAGAGAUGAGGUUAGGGCUUGAAAUUUGAUUUCUGCUUUCAUAAAGA